AUGGUUAACCGACGACUGACCACGUGGCUGGAAGACCAUAAACUUCUCGACCAACGCCAAUUUGCCUUCCGGAAGGGACGCGGGACUGGAGCCCACCUAGGCUCCCUCGGUGAAAUACUGGACAAAGCAAGAUCUGAAAACCUCCACGCCGACAUCGCCAUUCUCGACGUGGCAAAAGCCUACAACACCGUCUGGCGCGAAGGCGUACUACAAGAAUUGAAGCGAUGGGGCAUACAGGGAAACCUCGGCGGCACACUAUCCGACGAGUUUCGCGAGACCAACGGAGUGCCGCAAGGAUCAGUACUAGCUGUGACCCUAUUCCUCGUGAGGAUGAACUCGCUCUUCGCCGCGCUACCCGGGGGCAUCUACGUAUUCGUAUAUGCGGAUGACAUCAUCUUGGUGGCCCUAGGGAGAACCAUACCCCGUACAAGGAUAUCCCUCCAGGCGGCCGUCAACGCGGUCGGCCGAUGGGCACUCGCGACCGGCUUCAACAUCGCAGCAGAAAAGUGCGCCAUAACACACUGCUGCAGCACAUAUCACCCAGCCAAUGCUCGACCAAUACGCCUCAACAACAUCGUAGUUCCGUUUCGAAAGGAACCAGUUGUUCUCGGGAUCACGCUCGAUCGGAAACUAACCAUGAUGCCACAUUUCCGACGAUUAAAAAAAGACUGCGAGAGCAGAAAGCGGCUGGUCCGCACGAUCUGCUCCCGCCACCCUAAGAACAACCGCCGAGCAGCACUGAACGUCGCAAGAUCACUAAUACACAGUAGCAUAUUUUACGGGAUCGAGAUGACAUGCCGAAACCUGGACGGACUCUCCAACAUCCUCGGGCCCCUAUACCACGGAGCGGUGCGGUUAGCCUCCGGGCUAUUACCGAGUACCCCUGCCGAAGCAGCCUGUGUGGAGGCCGGAGUACUACCCUGCCGCUGGGAAGCAGCCAGGGUGGCUCUCAAACGUGCACUUAGUUUCCUGGAGAAGACAUCGGGCGACGAAUGCCUCCUGCUUACCAUCGCAAGCAACAUACACCAUGAAUUCACUGGCAACUCCCUCCCACCCAUCGCCCGGCUGCACCGAGUGGGACCACGGGCCUGGUACGACUCCGGACCAAAUGUUGACGACAGCCUUGCUCGUAUAAUAAAGGUUGGUGACCACCGGAACAGUAUAAUGAUAAAGUACCGACAACUAGUACACAGAAAGUAUGCACGACACAACCAAAUCUUCACCGACGGCUCCAAGGCUGACGACGGAGUAGGCGCGGGAAUCAGUGGCUUGGGGAGCGGGCUCUCCUUCCGCUUACCCGGAUCCUGCUCAAUAUUCUCAGCGGAAGCGGCCGCCAUUGCAGUGGCAAUGGCCAUAAGAACCUCCGACACACCGACGGUCAUAUUCACCGACUCGCUCUCGGUCCUGAGAGACGUCGAAAGCGGAACCUCCAAGCACCCGUUCGUUCAGGCCAUCGAGAUUCAUCGAGACCCACUGGUCACAAUCUGCUGGGUCAAGGACUCAACUGACACCUGGAACGACCGAGUCAGCCAGAGAGAACAGAAAAUACUUUCCCGACUCCGCGUGGGGCACACCCGUGUGACCCACGCCCACAUCGUGUCCAACGUACCUCCAUCAGAAUGCGCGUCAUGUAACACCCGGCUCACCGUCGAGCACCUGCUCUGCAACUGCCGGGAGCUGGAUGACCUACGGCAACAACACAACCUAACCGGGUCAAUACGAGAUGUCCUGUCCAACGACCCAGCUCGGGAGGAGGCACUCAUCCUAUUCCUGAAGGAUGCCAACCUGUUCGACCGAAUGUAA